GCCCGAAAGGAUUCUGAGCGGGCAGCCUCCUUAACAUUUUCUCUCCUGGUUCCUAGGGUCCACACCCCAAAAAGAUUCUUCUCUGGCUGAGAUUGCGGUGGGUGUGAGGCAUGGACCUAGCCUGUUAGACCUGGAUUCAGGCCGGGCCACUGUCAUUAACAUACCUAAGCCACAAAACUCUUUCCUUGGUAGUGGAAAGCUGCGGGCCUCACCCGGUUCGCGUUGAGUGACGUCACAGAGUGGCAACCAAUCACAAGUCUGCUUUGAAAGAUACUGUUAGGGAGAGGACACUGUAUUGGUAGAGAUGCUCUGUCAAUCUCGGAGAGGAAUCGCCUCUUUUCUCUUAGCGACAGAUGCGUCCUGGCAACAGUCGGCAGAGUUGCUGCGGUUUGUGCCCUUGCGAUUUGUUUUUCUGAGAGAGGAGAGUCAAACUCCCACCUCCAGCUCUCGAAGGAGCUUUUCCUGAGGGCACUGCAAAGAGGCUCCUUUUCCUUCAGAUCAGCAGUAUCAGCCCAAGUCAGAACCAUGGCUCCAAAACAAAAGAAAAAGUCAUCACGUGGCAAAAAAAGACCAAAACCAGUAUUAGCUGCUAGUGAAGACAUGGAACCAGUAAAUAUGGAGAGCAUGGGUCAUCCAGAAAUUUAUCCUUUAGUAUUAACCACCAAGACCCAAGAAAUAUUUAACUGCCGAAUAGAUGAAGAUGUCACAGAUGAACAACCUUAUAAGCUUAUCAAAAAAGAAGACAUUUUUGAGGACCUGCGCAACAGAGCUGCAGUAUCUGAUUUCCACCCAGUCAAAAAAAUUGUCCAGGAAUAUCCUGGAAAUGAGCUUCUGCUUGUUUAUGACAAAGACUUCAAAUAUGGACUUAACUUUUAUCUUAUUGCAACUGAAGAGGGCAAAGAAAACUAUUUAAAUCCCCCAGAAGUACCAGAAGAACAAGAAGAAUAUAAAGAACAUAUUCCUGAAGAUGUGUAUAUUUAUAAACCACCUGUCUCUAAACCAUGGGUUUCUUUGGGCAGUGAAAAAGAAAUUGAGGAAGAAUCAGUUACGGAAUCUACAAAGCAGAUUACAUAUAUGAUUUCUCGAAAACGAAGUGAAUUUGGUGCACCAAUUAAGUUCAGUGACCAGAAUGCUUCCAGUGUAAAAGAUGCCUAUAUUGAAUGUACAGCCUACCCAGAUAAAAAUUUUACCCUUAAACAACUUGAAAAAGAUGUUGGCAUGCAAGUAAUCCCCCAAAUAAAGGACAUAAGCACUCAGACAAAAUGGACAUAUCCUAAAAAUGCUACUACGCAAUAUUAUCCAAGAGAAUUCUCAGAAGAGGAAAAAGAGACACUCAAACAAUCAAAGCCUUUGGUUGAUUUUCUUAACAAUGCAUCCGUAAGUGUUGAAAUAGCCCUGCAGCAAAAUGAAAUCAUGAACACAUUUAUUGAUGACUGGAAAUACCUCGCAGAAGAAGAAGGCACCUUUGGGGACAAGACCGAUACCUACCUGAAAGAGUACCAGUCCUUUACCGACCUUCAUAGCCCAAUGGAGAAAAUGAUUACCUGUGUCUCAUGGCAUCCAACUAUCUAUGGGCUAAUAGCUGUGUCGGUGGCUGUGCGACUUUCUUUUGAAGACAGAGUUCACUUUUCUGAUAAAUUAUUGCUGCAGCCAUCACUGAUUCUUUUCUGGAGCUUCUCUGAUCCUAUACAUCCUCAGUUAAUGCUGGAGAGCCCAGAUGACAUCUUCUGCUUCAAGUUCUGUCCGAGUGAUCCUAAUAUCAUUGCUGGAGGCUGUAUCAAUGGGCAGAUUGUCAUGUGGGAUAUCACCGCACAUGCAGAUCGCAUAGAAAACAUUAAGGCAGGUGGUAGUAGAAGUAAAAGAGCCACACUGAAGCCUAUGUUUCUCCUUGAACCGGAGAGUAAUAAAGAAGCAAUGUAUAUCAGACACUGUGCAGUCUCUUCAAUAGAAAAUGGACAUAAGAAAGUAAUUACAGAUAUACACUGGUUGUCUGACACAUUUGAGAUUAACAGAAUGGGCUCCGUCUUUGAGAAUCGAAGUGGAAUAUGCUGUCAACUUGUCACAUGUUCAGCAGAUUGCACAAUAUGUUUUUGGGAUAUUAGACCACAGAAACCUUUAACCCCCCAAACAACAGAGAAAAAGAAGGAGGAAAGUAUUGAAAUUCCUUUUGAUGUACCAUCUACUUUUUUGCAUCUAGAUCUCUCCUGGAAACCUCUCACUAAGGUAAGGCUGUCCAAGGGUGAAACAAGUUUAGACCACUGUCCAACCAAGAUAAGCCUGAAUGAAGACCAUCUUCUUUGCAAAACACAAGCACAGAGCAAAACAGAGAAGGCAGAAGAAAUGAAUCCGUACCAUAAUCUGGAAAGUGGGAUGGCCAAUCUUCUCAAGCCAAUAGAUGACUUCUGCACAAAGUUCUUUGUGGGAACAGAGGAAGGCGAAGUGAUAUACACAGAUUGGAAAAUGGAAAAAGACCCUGAAACUGGCCGACUUAUGUCAAAGAAGCCAGUGAGCCAUCACACCAUUCAUGACGGAACUGUCCACACUAUUCAGAGAUCACCUUUCUACAACGACAUUAUUCUCACGGUUGGAGGUUGGAACGUGGCCAUAUGGAAAGAAGGUGUUAUGACUGGACCGCUCCUUCAGUCAUGCUGUGCACCAAAAAGGUACACCUCAGGCCACUGGUCCCUGACUCGGCCCGGAGUUUUCUACAUCGGCCGAGAAGAUGGAUACAUUGAUAUCUGGGACCUUCUGGAGAAAACCCAUGAACCAGCCCAGUCUCAAAACAUUUGCAUAACUAUGAUCACCUACAUCAAACCCUGGAUCUUUUCUUCUAAACAGCAAUUUAUAGCCACAGCUGAUUAUUAUGGAACACUGCAUAUAUUAGAAAUUCCUUGGACAUUAAGUCGCCCUUCCACCAAUGAGAUGGCAAGUGUCAACCACUACUUUGAAAGAGAAGUCAAGCAUCUGGAAUACGUAGAACAGCGCAAAAAAAUUCGUGAGCAAGAAAAGAAAGAAAUGGAACUAGAAAUGGCAAAGAAAAAAGUUAAAACAUAUCAGAAGUCAAAAGAACAAAUGCAGGCUGAAUUAAAAAUGGACUACGAGAAUUAUCUGGAACUGGAAAAGACUGUUCUUAUCAACCUUGGCCUAAUCAAAGUCACAGAGAAGGGGUCAUACAUGGAGGUGAUGUAAAAAAGCUUCCUGAAGGGGUGUUUUGGGGACUUCUUCCCUCUAUUUAUUUUUAUGUCAGGUGAACUGGCAAGCUGAACAUAUAGAUAUACAGGCUCAUUUAUAGACUUUUAUUUCCCUGCUAUUAAAACUUUUGAAUUUUA